AUGAACGCUGUAUUAGGAUUAUUAUUUGUUGCAUUUGUUGCUGUAGAAUCGAAAUCAUUCAUACAACAAUUUACCAAUUUUGACGAAUUAUCGACGACUCUUCCUGAACUGCAUGUUAUCAAGGAAAUGUCAUUCAAGUACCCAUACAGUUGUCAACCAGGUCCAUUGAGCUACGAGGGCUGUGCGCUGUUUCUAACCAGUUACGGUGUGUCAAGAAAUAUGCCCGAUCUAUUGUAUAAUGGGGCUUGUGGCAGUAACAACUAUUUCCAAGUGAUGUUGGCUGGUGAUGAUUUCGGACUGGUGAGCGAUCUUGGUGAUGUGGCGUUGGAAAAUGUGACCGCCUCACGAGCAUUCAACUGGGAGCGCGUUGUUGGACAGGACAACACGUUUAAGGAGGAUAUGUUGGUGGUCCAGGGCCACACGUAUGUAGCUCUAUUGGCAAAAAGCGAAAUUCGAGCAUUGUUCGCGUUUCGUGUUGAACAAUUCGAACCAAGUGGCCCGGCUACCAUUAAAUAUGCAGUUAAACAAUAUGGAAUCAUCAAAUCAGUUCAAGAGGCACCCGGUUUCUCGUGGGAUCAAACGAAUCAAUAA